CUAUUUCUACUUGUGAAGGACGCGUGCGCCGCCAUUAUCAUUUUCGUGUAAUUAUAAUUUUUAUGGUAAAAGUUAAAGUAUUAGUAAUAAAAAUAACUGCAAAUUGUUGUAAAAAGGUUUCUGCAUACGACGACACUGUUUUUACAUACAAGAUGACGCUGCCGGACGAUUCCGACAAGCUUAAAAGGCUUAUAAGUGAGCGCGGGUACGUGAAGUCAUGUCUUACACGUAUAGAACGUUUCUGUGCGUCGGGUUUAGACACCGCAUCACUAGAAUUGCUCCAGGAAAAACGUACACGACUCGUCGAGAUACUCAAGGAGUACGAGAAAUACAACAAGGAAAUUCUAUUCCUUAAUCCAGAUGACAAGGAAAACCCGGAAGAGUAUGAAAAAAAGCGAGCGCUUGCCAUGGAGAAUACCAGCGGUGAGAAAAUGUACUCAUCCGCAGCUGACUCAGCAGGCACUUCUAAAGGUGGUAAGCCUGGCAAGUCUGCCAGCUUUGUAGCAGCCUCGACUUCAUGUUCUCCAACGCGAGUCGCUGCCGCUAACACCAACGGGGCCCUUCCUGGUUAACACGAGCUUCGGUUAUGUUGUCGCAGGCAGCCUGCCUGUGUCUGCAGGCCAGGUAUCCUCGUCAAACUUUUGUGUAACAGUUCAAGACUUAAGGCCGAAUCUUCCAGUCAACUCAUGGGAUCUCUACCGCUUGAUCGUGUUAACGUUACUCGUCCAUUCCAAAUUGUAGGCACCGAUUAUGCCGGGCCUUUCAAUGUAAAGCAAACUAGAAUAAGAAAUCCUGUCAUAACAAAAGCCUAUGUAGUGAUUUUUAUAUGCUUUAUUACAAAAGCUAUUCACAUUGAAUUAGCGUCGGAUAUGACAACUAAUACAUUUUUGUCAUGUUUUAAAAGAUUUAUAAGUCGUAGAAAUAAGCCUACGAAAGUAUAUUGUGACAAUGGAAGUUACUACAAAGGUGCAGAUAAUGUACUAAGGGAAUUGUAUAAUCUACUGAAUUCCACAGGACACCAAAACAAGGUAUUAGAAUAUGGUACCUCUGAAAGGAUUCCAUUCAAUUUUAUUCCUUCUUAUAGCCCAGUAUUUGGUGGUCUGUGGGAGGCAGGAGUUAAAAGCGUUAAAUACCACAUGAAACGUGUAAUUGGAAAUGCGGUACUCACUUUUGAGGAAUUGUACACGGUGCUUGUACAAAUUGAAAGUAUCUUAAAUUCUCGCCCAUUGACGCCCUUGUCAAGGGACUGUAAUGACAUGACUUACCUUACACCUGCACACUUCCUCACUGGUGCUCCGUUCACCUCAUAUCCAGAAUUAAAUUUAAUGGAUGUAAAUGUAGGAAAGCUUAGCUUUUGGCGUCAGUGUACGCAAAUGCAACAGACGUUUUGGCGUCAGUGGCAUAAACAAUAUUUAGUUAUGUUACAGAGCCGUCCUAAAUGGCAAAAUCAACAGCCAAACUUGCAGAAAGGUACUAUGGUACUACUGAGGUCUGAUUCUAUAUCACCGUUAAGUUGGCCUGUUGGACGAAUUGUAAAUGUCAUACCGGGGAGGGAUAACUUAGUUAGAGCUUUAGAUGUAAAAACAGCUAAGGGGUUCAUUGUUAGAACUAGUGUAAUGAAAGUUUCGCCAUUACCUAUAGAUUAUAAUUAAAUUUAUUGUUUAAGCAUUGUAUUUAAAAAAUGUUUCUGGUACUAUACCUAUCUUGUGGCUGUGCCCAAUAUGUUUAUGACCAAGUCAACCAUAAAUAUUUUUAUACUAUAAUAGUUUUUUGGAUUGUCUAUGGUUAGUUAAGAAAAACUCAAUGUUCUAAAAUGGUGUAAGAUUUUUCGUGCCAUAAAAUAAAUAUAUCGUGAUUCUAUAAAU